GAUUUAUCAGGCAUGAGAUAAGAAAGGAUUGGAGGCUAUUUUCUUUUUAUGUAUAGUUUAUCAGAUAGCUACAAUUUAUUUGAUGAACUUAUCGAUAUAUUAUCAAAUAAUAACAAGUGUACGUUUCACUUGUAUACGUCAUGUUGAUUAACGCAGUUUUCUAUGACAAAAUAUUAAGUGAAAGAAAUAUUUGAAAAUAAGCGAGGCAUCAUAUAGGUUUAAAAAGGAAAUACAGACAGCGGAUACGCAACAUUAUGAGCACAGAAAAUGCACACAGGAAAUGCACAUAAAAACUACAACUAAGAAUUCUCAGGGCAGUCAGAAGUGGACUAUAUCUGUGAAUUUAAUUUUGUAUACCAAAUUACUGCCACAAGAACUGUGCAUAGAUAGCGUUCCUAAAUAUCAGAAAUAAAUGGAAUAUAUUUUGCCAAGGGGAAGGAUCUACUUUCUCAUCAUUUUUCAAAUGGUCAUAUUUCUAUAUACAAAACUGUUAGCCGCUGAACCAAUGUGGGUGUGGACACAAGGCUGUUUUCAAGCGAAUGUCCCUCCAGAUGGUUUUAAUAUGUCGUACAAUUUACCACAUACGUGCAUUGAAAGUUGUGGACCACAGUCUAUGGUCGUUGCUUUACAGGGAAACAUAUGCAGAUGUGAGCUCAAAUCUAAAAAAUUUAGUAGGACUUCAUCUUGUGCAUCCUGUGAACAUAAUUCAGUGGUAACGUGUGGCAAUAUCAGUGGAGGACAUUGGUCACUUUACAAGAAAGCUAAGCUACAGGAACUUGCAGCACGUGGUAUACAAACGAAUGUUACUGGUUGUGUUGUUAACAAAAAAGGACAAUAUCGUGUUGAAAACUGCAGCAAAAGAGGGAUUAAAAGUCUCUGUAAAAAUCCGCUUUUCAACGGAAAAGCAAAUUGCGACAGCAAAGCAGGGAAAUGGUCACCUCUUUCUUGCUAUAACUCUUACGAUAAUCUACUGGACAGGUUUGUUAGCGUGCAGGGUUGCCGACAGGAGUAUUGGAUUGGUUUGUUUUCUUUAGACGACCAAUUAUCACAUUCUAUGUUAUCCGAUUAUCCACAAUUGCCGUUGACUCCAAGAUCUUCCUUUCAAGCAGAAUCGAGUGUUUUACUAGCUUCAGUUACAGACCGGAUGACAUCAUAUUUUACGGACGAAUCUUCCGAAGUCAUGUUUUCUUCGCCUUAUGAUACAUAUGUUCAUACUGAGCCAUUGUCAACACAUUUGACGCUUGUCACUGAAAGCAGUGAGACACAUUUGAGUAAAGUACUAAGCAUAUUGCCGACAACACAAAGAUACUCUGAAACAUCAUCAGAAACUUCAAGCUAUUUAUACAGUUCUUUCUCAGGUACAUCACCUCCACAUAUAGACCCGUCAGUCACUUUUAUCACUGAAAUCUUAUCAAGCUUACCAGUUCUAUCACAGUCUGAAUUACAUUCCUCAGUUACUCAUUCUAUGUCAAAUAAAAUACUAUCUAUUGCUGUAAACACAUAUAUUUCACCAACAAAUGCAAUGUUAGAAAUAUCCAGCAUCAAGUAUAGUUUUACAAGUACUUCAAUGACAUCUAUAGUACCAUCAAGAACCGACACAUAUCGAGCGGCUUCAGAAUCAUCGUUUCAUAGUUCUGUGUUAUCAUCGCAACGAACAGAAAUGGAUGGAAUUUCAACAGCAGCGGUACUUGCUUCGUCAAUAGUCACGCCAGUACCUCAACAGAUACCGCCGACGCCAUCGUUUAUUACACAGAAAUAUAGUUCUGAAACAGAUCUGGUGGUCGCCGUAGCUGUGGUUGGUGCCAUAGCAGCAUUUUCCCUAGCUGCUGCAGGAGUUAUGUUUGUGUACGUGAAAAGAUCACUGAGCAACCUGAAGAAAAUUGUAAACAGAACUACCACCUUCACUGACGAUCCUCCACAUCUGAGCAGAGACAGUUCCCUGGAGGGCUUUGAUGAGACUCUACAAAGAACCAACACCUACAGUGAUUUACAGGGGACAAGUUUUUGUCCAAGAGCAAUAAGGUCCGAUUUUCGUAGUCACAGAUACAGGCCACCGUUUUGGUUCAAUAACAGACCAGCCAUGGAAAAUGAAAAUGUGCCAUACUAACUUAAAGAUAGAAUCAUUGUUUUCUGUUACAUGCAUAAGUCAAAACAUUUAACUACCGCGAGGUAAUUUAUAAUCUUAAUAUACCAGAAGAGUUAGUAAACAUGAAAAUAGAGGUACAUAUUAAUAAUAUACCUUAGACGUAAGUCUCUAAAAUCAAUAUGUAUAAUAUGUUAUCACAUAUCUUUAAAUAUCAAAGGACUGUCGCUUCAUGAACAAAACCUUUUGUAUUGGCAAUACACUUUUUAUUAUUUAAUUUCCUUCAAACAAAAGGUCAUGUUUAUUCUCUAUGUAAAAACUUCUUUUUUUCUCAAUUCAUCAUGAUUUCAGGCAUUUCUGAAGCAUGUCUAGACACUUCUUUAUGGAGAGUACGUCACCGUGACGGAUUUGUCUUAUACAUUGUAUUGUCAUUAGGGUUAUGUAAGUCUUUUACAAAGAGUAAUUUGCUUCUAGUUGUUAUAUCAGCCUACCCGUAUAUAAGAAUGAAAAUUUGUAAAGACAUAAAACCUUAUUCAGGCACGACUUUAUAAGUACGAUGAAUCGUUGAUAGAUAGAUCUGUGAAUAUUUUGUCAUGAUAAUGACAAAGAGAACAUGUUUACCAAUUGAUACUGUUUCUGCACGUACCAAAAUACCAGUAGUUUUCACUUUAUCACAAAUGCAAUUUUUAUCAUAAUAGUAUUGAAAUCGUCGGUGACAAACACAGAUUUUCUGCACCAAACAGGAUUGGGGUAGAGGUAUGUAACCAUACUAAGACUCCAGCCUUUGAGUUCGACAGACAAGGGAAUCAUUAUAUUGACGAGACCAUGUUGCUUCAAAAGCACAGGGAUUAAUAAGAUUAAUCUAUCUAUUUAUUUAAGCGUUGUUGUUUUGAAAAUAAAAAAAAAAAGUAUUAUAAGAAGUUGGUAUUCUU